CAGCUGUCAUUAUUUCUCCAUUGGCAAUACAAUCUAGAUGGUGAUAAAAAUGUUUUUAUGCUGAAAACUCCUGUGGGCCGGGGUGUUUACUCGGAGUAGGCCUUUCUUUGUGCAUCUGCAUCUCUAUAUUCAUAUUUCCAUGCAUCCAGCAGCAAUUUAUAUUUAAACCGCACUGGAAUCUUCAGGUUUACAGAUGGCAUGUGCGCUUUAUCAACAUUAGUAACCAUAUUUACUCGGGGUGCAUGAUAAUUAUUGGACCGAUAAUUAUCCGGCCGAUAUGAGGAAUUAUGACGUCAUACCGAUAAAUCCAGUAACAUUAAAAAUAACUCUGAUAACCGAUAUUUUUUUCAAAAACUAUCCAAUGACUAUCGAAUUACCCGUACUGUGGUGUGUGUUCCUGGGAUAAGGUGAGCAAGUCAAGCGCUCCUUUUCUGUGACAUGCUGCACACCUCCCCUGAGCUCACUUGUAUACAAUCAUGGCGUUGAUCGUGUGGGACUUUUUUGCCUUAUCAGCCACCUGAAACGCCAGCAUCGCUACGACUGUGUUUUGAAAGCCUACGAAGAUGCCAGCGCUGUUAAAGAAGCGGACACACAGCUAGCCACACUGAACGACUCUCAAGCCCAGAGGCCACUAUUAGAUGAAAGAGUAAUUUUAUUAUGCUUUACCUCCUUGCUUACGUCAAAUAUGUUUCUUUGUUGGUAAUCUCUUGUCCUUCCUGUGACUAAAUAGUCACUAUUCGGUUUUUAUCCCUCAGCGAACACAUGACGAUGCUUGACAAAUUCUAGUGUCUGGAGAUGUUUAGCAUCCUGUACUCUCCUUUCUUCACUCACCUUUGGCUCCUCGUUGCUUAUGGGGCCUUGAUCGCUGGCGUUCUGCCUCCUCUGACAGAGUGUUAAUAGAUUUAACAACAUUGCUGCAUACUGAACAGCCACUAACACACUCUGAGACCCAUAAACAUGCAAACACUCCCACAGGAACUGGACUGAGCAAUGAACUUAACAUCCUGAUGAAUACAUCCUGUCUACUGCCACUUUUCCUGUUUGCCGCUUAGUCUGUAACAGUUGUCAUCAAGGCAUGUCAUUAUUACUGUGUGAACUAAGUAAGGUAGAAGUUGUAGUUAUAGGGGAUUAAAAUUAUUCUUAAAAAGUUUGUUUUAGGUUCAAAUGAAAAUACAAUAGAUGCCUUCAAGCACAUUAGAUCAAUCGUUUGGCUUUCACCAUAUCACCUAUUAUAGCUUUGCAGAAUGAAUGAUGACAGUUUGUAGCUUUUUCUUAAAAAGGUCAACAGGAAACAGGAAGGAGAAGGACUUAUAGCCAGUAAGGGAGAGCCGUAUAGAACAUUCAUACCCUGGUAACUUAUCAAGCAUUACAGUUGCCAUAGCAACUGCCAGUAUGAGGCGCUGGUCUGUUAAGCCUCAGUGCUGACCUCCACUCUACCCCCUUCUUCUGACAUAUAUUGUGGUCUUCCUCUGAAACAAUUUUCCCAUAGGAAAUUAUGUUAAUGGAAUUACUCAGCUCGGGGGUAAAACUGUCACCAUCCUAACACCUUAAUUAAUUGUACAGGCAAUGAUUUAAGUACCGAUUUUGGUAACGUCACAAUCAUACAAGUGUAAAAAGAAGUUAACCUCUCAUGUAAUGUAAAAGUACUUUCUGCGUUAUGAUUUUGAUUAUUUUAUUUUAAUACUUGCUAUAUUACUUGUUUUUUUUUUUUUUUAAUUUAAAAAAAAACUCUGAAGAAGAAGCAUGCUUUUUAUUCAACAGCAACAAAAUGUUGUUAAAGAAACAGUCUUGUCACCAUGGCUGUUUCUUUGCAGCCUAAAGACCUUGACUCAUACAGUGUAACCCAAGAUCCUCAGACUGACUAAAUUCUAUUGAACAAAUUUUGGAUUUAGUCCGAGAAAAGCUGUGGGUGUGUGAAGUCUUUUUUUUUUUUUUACAAGAAAAUUUGCUAAAAUAGAGGAAUAACAGUUUCUCCCCAUAUUGGCCACAAGUAACCACAGACUCACCCUGACAUCACUUGUUUGCUGCUUCUUUUCUAAAAGGCAGAUUGAGUCAGGCAAUAUAGAAUACUUACAAGCUAUUUUGGGCCCAAUUUACUGUCUUUUCCCACAGUUAAAAUAGAGCCUGUUUUAAAUUAUCAUUAAUAAGCUACUAAGUGACUGUAGUUGUGCUGUGUAAUUGGCUCAUGGUGGGUUUCAUGGUGGCUUUCCUUUUUAUGGUUAAGAUCCUGUUGUUAUUUGGGGAUGUUAAACUACUUCACUGCCUCAGCUUACCACAACCACAAAUAAUACACACAGCACCUGAAGCUCACAGCACAGGAGAUUCUAAUUCAUCAUUAGGGUAUUCUGACUCAUUUAGACAGACUGUCUGUUGAGUGACUGACUUAAAGCUAACUCAUCGUAGGAUUUCAUUUUGCCGCAGAACAAGUUGAGUACCCACCCGCUCGCUUGAGUAGAAAGACAAUAACAAUAACAGCCGGUUCCUAUUAUUUUUUCCAUAUAUGCCAUCCCUCCAAAAUGGCACAGUCCCCUACAAACAACAGGAAGAGUGUAUAGGCUUUGCCUUGACAACGGGUGGAUAUGGCUUACACACCGGAACCUCCCCACCCACAUUGACCUAACAUUGUCUUUAAAUCCUCAGGUCCAUUCCUAGAAGUGAAUAAUACUUCGCCGUGCUGCAGCCAAGGCUAUUUAAAAACUAUUCUUCUGGUAAUCUCGGGAGAGUCCAUUAUACUAAAAAAAAAAAAAAAAGGCCAGAUCUGACCUUUUCAGCUCAAACAAUAUUAUGUCACACACAUCGGUCUAUGUUCAAGGUACGAGCAUAAUUAAUAAUUACAGGUCACAGCCUCUGCAUGUGCAUGUUUGUGGCAUCAUGAGUGCAUUUCAGUGUUUAGAGGUUACAGGAUUUAUAGCAUACAUGUGCACAACUCCCAGCCUUCAAAGACUGGUUUUGGCUGACUUGUUAAGAACACAUCUGUCAGCAUGAACUACAAGCAUCCCGUGCCUGAACACAAUUAUAAAUGUUUCUUAUCUCCAUAACUAUAUGCAAGCAACACACACACAGUUCUUCACUAUCUGUCCCACCUGCUAUAUUUAGCACCAUGCUACAUUAGCACUUCACACUCCAUUGAGAGUGCACGCCGCAGCAAGAUUUGAUAAGAGAGCACACGUUCCUUCUCCAAGACGUUCACACUCAUGCACAGUACACAUACAUUAGGCUGUAUUUAUGUCAUUCUUAUCACAAUGUACGCUUCCUCCUUUUCCCAUUUCCUCUCUAUCCGUCUGUCUGUCCAUUGUUUUCCCAGGCUGUUAAAAUUCCUGGACUGUUACUUCUUCCUUCAUUUCCCCUUUUUUUCUUACCAUAUCCUGGCAACAGGAGAAAUUGUUUACAUGUUUUUUUAGUCUGACUCUUUUUUUUUUUUUUUAAAUCUUUGUUUGUGUGCAUUGCAUGUUUGGGAAGUGUCAGCAGCAAUGUACCAGCUUGGCUUCUCUCUCCCUCCCUCUAACGAGAAACAGACUCAGAUGGUGUGUGUUUAUGUGUGCGCUGAGCUCUGAUCAAACAAAGCAAGGGCACUUCAAUUGUAGGAGGGGUAGAGGGGGCACAGAAAGCUUCAUCACUCCUCCCCUGAACUCACUACACGCACGCGCACAUACACACACACACACUACUCCCAACCACAGGGCAGGAAGCACAGUCCCUGAGGGAUGGAGGAGGGGUCAGAAGGAGGGGAGACCUAAACGCCCCCCCUUCCAGUGAAGUUACUGGAGAGGAGGAAACUUUACACACUUUCACUCUGACGGGCCUACAGAGGCUUAGGAAGUCGACAUGCUCUUCAAGGACUUAACACAUACGAUGAGGAAUACAUCUUUGUUAUAAAGAGGAGAGAUCUGCUGUGGACAGGACUAUCAGCUCCUUACUGGUGCUCUAGCAUCUUUUCCCUCCACUUUGUGUUCCAAUGGCGUCAACUGGAGAACCUGUACUUCAGAGAGAAGAAGUUCUCAGUGGAAGUUCAUGACCCCAGGAGUAGGGCGUCUGUGACACGGAGGACGUUUGGUCAUAGUGGCAUUGCUGUGCACACUUGGUACGCCUGUCCAGCCCUCAUCAAGUCCAUCUGGGCCAUGGCCAUAAGCCAACACCAGUUCUAUCUGGACCGCAAGCAGAGCAAGUCAAAGAUCCAUGCAGCACGCAGUCUGAGUGAGAUUGCCAUCGACCUCACUGAAACCGGAACACUGAAAACCUCCAAAUUGGCCAACAUGGGCAGCAAAGGCAAGAUUAUCAGCGGGAGCAGUGGCAGUCUGCUCUCCUCAGCAGGCUCUCAGGAAUCAGACAGCUCCCAAACAGCCAAGAAGGACAUGCUGGCAGCACUGAGGGCCCGGCAGGAAGCUCUGGAGGAAACCCUGAAGCAGCGACUAGAGGAACUCAAGAGCAUCUGCAUCAGAGAGGCUGAACUGACAGGAAAACUUCCCAAGGAAUAUCCUCUAGAUCCAGGAGAGGAACCUCCUACAGUGAGGCGGAAGAUAGGUACCGCCUUCAAGCUGGAUGAGCAGAAAAUUCUUCCUAAGGGAGAGGAAGAGGAGCUAGAGCGCUUGGAGCGGGAAUUCGCCAUUCAGUCCCAGAUUACCGAAGCAGCCAGGCGCCUUGCCAGUGAUCCUCACGUGAGCAGCAAGAAGCUGAAGAAGCAGAGGAAGACAUCUUAUCUGAACGCACUGAAGAAACUUCAGGAAAUUGAGAACUCUAUAAAUGAAUACCGGGUUCGCUCUGGCAAAAAGCCAACACAGAGGGCAUCGCUUAUAAUAGAAGAGGCCAACAUUGGCUCAGAAGACAGUUCACUGUCUGACGCUCUGGUCCUGGAUGAUGAUGAUCCUCAAGUUAUCGGUACCCCCAACUUCUCCCCGAUCGCUUCGCCUCACAAAGGCCUUCCUCCACGGCCGCCAUCCCACAGUCGUCCCCCACCGCCACAAUCCCUGGAUGGGCUGCGGCAUCUGCACUAUGCACGCACAGAUUACGAUAAAUCGCCAAUUAAACCUAAAAUGUGGAGCGAGUCGUCUCUGGAUGAGCCUUAUGAAAAAGUCAAGAAGCGCUCCUCUCAUUCCAGUCACAGACGAUUUCCAAGCUCUGGCAGCACAGAAGCAGGAGGUAGUAACUCUCUGCAGAGCAGCCCCAUCAGGAGCCUCCCUCAAUGGAACUCUCAGUCCAGUAUGCCGUCCACCCCAGACUUAAGGACCAGGACACCACACUAUGUACAUUCCACUAGGUCAGUGGACAUCAGUCCCACACGUCUGCACAGUCUCGCUCAGCACUUUAGGAACCGCAGCUCCAGCCUGGAGUCCCAAGGCAAGCUCUUGACAUCAAACACUGACACACACCCGCACACCCUCGGCACGCUAGGCAGCCCUGACUUUUUCUUGGGCCCGGCACGGAGCUCUAAUGGCUCCGAUCCGUUGGACGAUUGCUCCUCCUGCACCAGCCAGAGCAGUUCGGAGCAUUUCUACCCCGCAGGGGGGCCCUUAGCCCCCAGCACCAAUCCCAACUACUCCACCCUCGGUGAGGACUCGCCCUCCAAAGCUAGGCAGAGACAGCGGCAGAGGCACAGGUCUGCAGGUCAUCUGGGCUCCUCUAACUCCGGCUCCAUGCCAAACUUGGCAGCCAAGAACGGCUCUGUCGGAGGAUCAGGUGGAGGCGGCGUCGGAGGAGGACACCACGGAGUCUACCUCCACAGCCAGAGCCAGCCGUCCUCCCAGUACCGUAUCAAAGAGUACCCACUGUACGUGGAGGGGAGCCCCAACCAGGUGGUCGUACGCAGCCUGGAGAGUGACCAAGAGGGCCACUACAGUGUCAAGGCCCAGUUCAAGACCUCCAGCUCCUACACGGCUGGGGGACUGUACAAGGAGGCGUGGGGAGGAGAGGAGGGCGGGGAAGGGAGUGGCCGAUUAACGCCGUCCCGCUCGCAGAUUGUACGGACUCCAUCAUUGGGGCGUGAGGGGAGCGGAGGAGGAGGAGGGGGCCGGGCAGCGGUGUCUGAAGAGCUGCGCUGCUGGUACCAGAGGUCAUCCGGGAGCCUAAAGGAGAGGAAUCACUCCCAUUCAGGAUCCACGUCAUCCGAAACAGGGUCACAGCAAGGCACGCUUGGACAUGGGCGGGUCAGUCGGGUAGGGACACUCGCCAAGGGCUCACCAGUUGCAUCCCCACACAGCCAGAGGAGUAUGACGCCAUCUAGUGAGCAGGCAGCCACACCCACUCCCCCCUGCAGUCCACAGCACAUCCUCAACUGGCAGAGCGGGUCCUUCAGUGACAGCUGUUUCCUAGGCAGCCCCUCGUGUUCGGAGCUGGCAGAUGUGCAGUGGUACAGACGCGACAAGGCCAAACCUGGAACCCUGGUGUGAGACCUUCAGAAAAAGGGCCCCCUUGGAGAAGUCCCGGUAUUAAUGAAACCUUCCCUCCACCGCGUCCUGCUCACAACAACCAAGAACCUCAUCGCUAAAGCCUGACACAUAUCCAUCCCGAAUCAUUCCCCCACUUGGGAUCAAGCGACGGCGCGUAGUAGAUGUGGAAAGAGAGCACAGUCAUCCACUCCCUAAGAUCACUUUCAUAUUUGUCCUUCUUAUAAACUCCAAUCCACUCGAGGAUUCCUGCUGGUUUUGAGCCACCAGUUUAAAAACAAAAACAUUGAACUCUAUUGGGUUAAUUUUUCCCUGCGUAUUUAUUACAAAUUGAAAAUAAAAAAAGAGAUUCCUCCUCCCAGUUUUAACCCACAACCAAAGACUGGAUUCGCAGAUCGGGCCAGGGUUCCCUUGCAGAAACGUGAUGGAUGGAACACGAUCUGGACUAUAGCAAUAAAACUGUUGGAAUUGUGUGGUGAUGAGGUGGACAAUGUCGUGAGUCGUGCUUGUCGGGUUUGGGCGUCUAUCUCUGCUUACUUUUAGUGACUUCACUGGUGAUGGGUUCAUGUCUUGAGCCUUUCAUCCAGUCCCUGCAGAACUGAGAGACGAGAGCAUUCAGUCCAUUCUAGUCCGGCCUCAGUAUUGGAUCCAUCUUUUUGACAGUACUGUUUCUCCUUCCUUGGCUAUGCUACACUCUGACCCCUUUUCCACUGUGACUGGUUCGAAGCUGGUUUAAAGUACAUUUUCAGAGCUUUUGUUUUCCAUUAUGGUUCUACAGGAAUGCUGACCUGGCACUGUAUAUUUUGGUUCAACUCUGGCUCCAAAGGUUUGUUGGGCUGAGUGCUGAACCAUUUGCAUAAUGAUGUGGCAGAGGUGUUACUUCAAGUAAAUACCUGCCCGUUACCCCCAUUUCAACUUCAUUUACUCAUUUCUUGUAAAUAUUAGAGCCCAAGCAGAGUUUAAUUUAGUCAGCAAAUGCCGGAAUUUUACCCUCCUAUUACUUAAAUGUCUGACGUCCCGUCAAUGCAAUGAAUGAUCUGGAGGAUUAUUAAAAGUCUUUGCACAUUUCUGAAUAUUAACUUGCUGUUUUGAAGGAGUGUGUUUCCACCACAUACACACUACAAAUAUGAACAUACAAGUCACCAUCUAAGGUUAUUCCUUUAAGUCACACUCAUAUUACAUUUAGAUUGUUUUUUUAUGGUUAUUUCUCAGGGUCUUGUUGACAAGUGAGUGAAGGAUGGAACGUGAGAUUAACAGGCGAAUUGGUGCGGCAUCUGCAGUGAUGUGGACUCUGCAUCGGUCCGUUGUGGUUGUGGCAAAGCUCUCAAUUUACCGGUCGAUCUACGUUCUUGCACUCACCUAUGGUCAUAAGCUUUGGGUAGUGACCGAAAGGACAAGAUCGCGGGUACAGGCGGCCGACAUGAGUUUUCUCCGUAGGGUGGCUGGGCUCUCCCUUAGCGUUAAGGUGACAAACACUGUCAUCCGGGAGAAGCUCGGAGUAGAACCACUACUCCUCUGCAUUGGGAGGAGCCAGGUGAGGUGGCCUCACUGGGGAGGUGUUCAGGUCACAUCCAACCGAUAGGCCUCAGGGAAGACCCGGGACACUUUGGAGAGACCAUGUCUCUCAACUGGCCUGGGAACGCCUCGGGAGGAGCUGGACGAAGUGGCUGGGGAGAGGGAAGUCUGGGCUUCCCUGCUUAGGCUACUGCCUAAGAUGGAUGGAUGGAUGGAUGGAUGGUUAUUUCUAGCAUACAAUCGUGCAUUGGUCAUGGAGAAAAGUAUUUUAUUUUGGAGAGCAGGAAGUGUUUCAUUUCAGUGACAGAGCUGUGUUUGCUCACUGCUUGAUGGGAAUGUUCAAGAAGAAAUACUGUAGUUCUUUACUUGAAUAUUACACAAAAUAAUGCGCUGAUCUCCCUUUUGUUAUUUCCUGAUGGGAGGCGUAGCCAUUGUGACGUAAUGACAUGGCUCCCCAGGACAACGGAAAAUGAAUCUGCGUAGAGCCUGUUCACGGCCAACACUGGUUCAGCUCCAGCUCUGACCUAAAUCUGCACCAGCACCAAAGUUCGCUGCAGUGGAAAAGGGGUAUCUGUGGACAAAAGUAUUGGGACACAUGGCUAUUAGAGUUGGUCCCCUUUGGAUUAGCAAACGCUUCACUAAAUUGUCCAAAAUGUGUUGGUAACAGGAAGGCAUUGGCAGUAAGGGGGAUCCAACCCAGGAGCAGCUGAUCUACAACAAAAGUCAACAAUGUGAACCACGACCUAACCCAAAAAG